GUUGGUGGCGAUGAUCAGAAGGCUGUUGCUGUAACUUACUGAAUGGGAGGAUAGCAACACCACUUUACAACAGAGUAGAUACGACCUUUAAUACAUAUCAAAAUACACACAGCAUUUCAUUUACAUUAUCUUAACGAAGCACUGAUAUGCAAGCAUGGUAGCAAAAACAAGAAGACAGAGCGCAAAGGAUCAAACGCCACAAAGCAAUGGAAAAGAUCGGAGUCCGUUUGUGUCGCCUUCACAUGCCGCUGGAAAAAGUAGACGCCCGGGAAAGGAUGGGAAAGGCAGUGGUGGCUUCAAUGCACUUCAGUCCAAAAGCGUAAUAUUUUCAGGAUUAGCUUUCAUCAGAAGCAAAAUUGGCCUGAGUCCAUCAGCUUUAAUGAAAAUCGGAAUUACCCUGGUCCUUGCUCUUGUCGCUGGAUUCCUUCACUGGUAUCAUCUGACCCAUCUUUUUGAGAAUGAUCGACAUUUUUCACAUCUGUCUGUUCUCGAGAAGGAAAUGGCAUUUAGGACAGAAAUGGGUCUUUAUUAUUCCUACUAUAAGACCAUUAUUGAGGCCCCCAGCUUCCUGAAUGGCCUAUACAUGGUUAUGAAUGACCGCCUUACUGAAUAUCCCUUGAUUAUAAACACCCUCAAAAGAUUCAAUUUGUAUCCAGAGUUGCUCUUAGCUACCUGGUUCAGAUCAUACACUGGAGUUAUGGAUUUUUUUGGCAUCCCAACAAAGAUGUGUUGGUCCAUCAACAGAGGAGAAGGACUUGACCCAGUGGAAAGCUGUGAAGGAAUGGGAGAUCCGGCUUCCUUUUAUGUCACUUUUGUGUUCCUCUUGAACGGUGCAAUGAUGAGUCUUUUCUUCAUCUAUGGAACAUAUCUGAGCGGUAGCCGUCUCGGUGGUAUUAUUACAGUCAUAUGCUUUUUCUUUAACCAUGGAGAGAGCACCCGUGUCAUGUGGACUCCUCCUCUGAGGGAGAGCUUCUCUUAUCCUUUCCUUGUCCUUCAAAUGCUGCUGCUCACUUACAUCCUCAGAACGCGGAAACCAAGCACAUCAGUCCUGGUAGCUCUAGGCAUCUCUAAUGUGCUCUUCAUGCUGCCCUGGCAGUUUGCCCAGUUUGUGUUACUGACUCAGGUGGCCUCCUUAUUUGCAUUAUACAUUCUUGGAUAUCUGAGCCCUUCAAAGAUGCAGUCCUUGUUGGUCACACACAUGAUCUCCCUGAGUGUGUGCUAUGUUCUGAUGUUUGGAAACGCCAUGCUGUUGACCUCCUUCUACGCCUCCUCUCUGGUCUCCAUCUGGGGAAUAAUAGCGAUGAGAGAGAAGUUUGUAGAGCUCUUCCAGACCGGACUCCUUUUGUGGAUCAUGCAAGGUCUUGCCUGGGUUGUUUCAACAGUCAUUCUAAAGUCCAUGCUGUCAAUCAUUUUUGGUGCCUCGGAUGAUGCUCACAUCAGCAGCUUGAUCAAGUCCAAGUUUACAGACUACAAAGACUUUGACACCAUGAUGUACACAUGUGCGGCUGAGUUUGACUUUAUGGAAAUUGAGACUCCUCUCCGAUACAUAAAGACACUCCUUCUCCCAGUAACCAUGCUGAUUGUGGCUGUCAUUGCUGGAAAGACUGUUAAGGAUGCCAUGAAGAUUCUGAGAGAAAGGGAUGUAUCAGUCAAGGAGGAGAAGACUGAAGAUGACUAUGAUGAACCUGAAGUGUCCGCAAGAGGAGAGCUGGUGUACCACGCCCUGCAGUUGUUGGCCUUUGCCGUGCUGGCUGUGCUUAUCAUGCGUCUGAAACUCUUCCUGACGCCGCACAUGUGCAUCAUGGCCUCCCUCCUCUGUUCCAAACAGCUGUUUGGCUGGGUAGGGGAGAAGUUUAAACUUCAGAUAAUGGUCUUUGCCAUCAUUUCCAUCAUGGCUAUGCAAGGCGCAGCCAACCUGCAGGGCCAGUGGGGCAUCAUGGGAGAAUUCAGCAAUGUCCCUCAGGAGGAGCUACUGGACUGGAUCUCGUCCAAGACAGGACCAAAUGAUGUGUUUGCUGGUGCUAUGCCCACCAUGGCCAGUAUUAAGCUGUCAGCUGGCAGACCCAUUGUUAAUCAUCCCCACUAUGAAGACGCAGGGCUGAGGGCGCGGACCAAGCUGGUGUACUCCAUGUACAGCCGUAAGCCGGCUGAGACGGUGCAGGCCAACCUGAUGAAGCUUAAGGUGGACUACUUCGUCCUGGAGGACUCCUGGUGCACCAGGCGCUCGCGGCCCGGCUGCAGCAUGCCUGAGAUCUGGGACCUGGAAGACCCAGAUAAUUCCGGAAAAGCCCCUCUCUGCUCCAUCAUGGCCCGGGACACCCGUCCACACUUUGCCACAGUCUUUCAAAACAGCAUAUACAAAGUUCUAAGAGUUCCCAAAAGCAGCCAAAGAUAGUAGCUGGCAAUAGGCUUUUAGUACGGUUGUUCUGCUUUGGUACAGCAUGUGUAUAUAUAUAUGAAUAUUUUUUAGAUCUGUGAGCUGUCACCGGAAAAUCUGCUCUGUGAAGGAGCAUGUGUUAAAUACUUUAUUGGUGGUUAUAUGUCUUAAGACAUUCUCCCCCCCCCCCAGAGAUUUAUUUUGUUAUUCAUGUUGCUGCUCUUUUCUGUUCUUGGCCAGUGUAGUAUGCUACUACUUAUAACCUGAUAGUAUUUCUGUGUCACCCGAAGUGUGGUUACAAAUAAAGUAAUAAUGGCUUGAGUGUUACAUUUACAAGCAUUUCUCAUCUCACCAAAUUUACUCUUUGAGAAAACUUGGACCAUAGGAUUACUGUCAUUGCAUUUUGUGUUUGUCAGUGUUAGACUGUAAUAGGAUACAUUUUUUUCCAGCUCAGUAUUUUGAUUUCAUGCUGAAGAAUGUUAUUUCUCCUUGAUUUUGUUUUAUUUGUUAGUUGUUUAAAUAUGGUUACGCUGAUUUUGUUUACAAUUUCAAUGUGAUUUCAUUUCUCAUUCUUCAACCUGUGACAUUUCCUCUCAGAAUUAAUUUGUAUUGUACUGUCAGUGUUGAGCUCUGCUUUGAUCUUCACUGCCAAACAAAAUUAUCUUGUUCAGUUAUAGACCUCAGGAGAGAUCAGUAGAGUGAGCCAGUCCUACAUGUUUGUCUUCCAUGCCAGUACUUCUCCAAACAUCAUCCAAGUCCAAACAUGUUAUAGAUAGACUCCUUUGCACAAAAUAGGCCACUAUAAGAGUAAGCUA